UAAAGACAAAAAGUUUUACAACUUUAACUUAACUUAAGUGAGUAACUAGAAUCGUGCCAGAAGUGAUUUCUAUGCUCAAUCGAUCGGAAGCGGAAGUAAACUUUCUUCGUCCUCCUUCAUUUAGCCAAAUCGCGCCAGUCGCGCGGACGAGUUUGUGUGCGUUCUUCGUGGUUUCGUCGUGUUUUGUGUGCUGUGCAAAGUUUACUGUGCCAAAGAGUGAAAAAUGAGUGAAAAACUAUUGAAUGAAAUGAUGGCGUCCAAGGACUUUCAAGCAGACAAUUUGGUGGAGUGGUUUCUACAGUAUUUUAAGAAACAUGAAUCUCAUCAUCACUCCAUCGAGGCAUUCGCCAACUACUUCAUCGGCUUCAUUCACACGCAAACGGAAGAUUCUGGCAAGUACGCACCACCGAGAUGUGAUACACCGAGAAAGACAUCAUCCGGUAAGGCGUUCGAGACGAGCGGGAUAGGGCGGAAACUGUCAAUCAUCGGUCCUGAUGACCCAACGGCUGGCGGCACACCGACAGCAACCAGCGAGGGAGCCCGAUUGGCGGAGGCAUUGCUCGUCUCCGACGUUGAACCUGACACCACCGGAAGCUCGGCACAUUUGAGAAAACGCAAACUGUUCGAUAACCACGGACCGGAUAAGCCGGAUCGAAAACCCGUCAGCGGCAACACUCCCACCACCAUCACCACUACCACCACUGACACAGUGAACCAGGACGAUGGACGACCUAGCAAGCUGACGGACCCCACCGUGAUUGGCAGUUCGACACCCAACGUCGGCAGCAAUCUGUCACGGUGUCGAUCCACCGGCCAUACCCCGGUUUGUGCAACACCUCCACGCAAUGCAAGUCGUGGUGUUGGUAUCGCUAGUAUCGGCAGCAACAGCAGCAGCAUGCAAUUGCUGUCUUACACCAGCACACCGAUCGCCAAUAGCUCAAAUGCUCGUGAGAAGCACCAAGGAGGGACAUCCAGCCAACGGAACGGUGGUGUUUGUCACAGUCUGGAGGCUUCUAACGGAACGCCUUUUCGGAGCCAUGUUGAGGAUGGAGGCCGGCGUAGUAAAACCAGCUCACCUUGUCUCGGAGACUUUGUGGUGACGUCGUCAUUGAAAUCCCACAAAAACCGCCGAUCAUCAGCGAUGAGCAGCAAUAAUCAUAGUGGUAAUGAGCCGAGUUUUACUCUACAGCGAAGUGCCGGAUACGGGAACAACAGCUCAUUGUUUCAGGACAACGAGUUUCCUCUGCUGAACGCCAAUAGUCCUGCUACUUCUACUCCGGUUAAAGGCACAAGUGAUGGUGGUGCAGAGGAUAAUAAAAAGAAAUUUUCCAACGUGAACAAAUCCGCAUCCCACCAGCACCAGCGGCAGCCGAUGGACAUUGCCGGUAGUAGUAAGAAAGGUCAACGCCGACGUAUUGCACCGACCACCGUCAGCCAUACGGUAUCGGCGAGGCACGAUUUCAAUUCAUCUUCGCUUACAUUUGACAACCACCUCGUGUCGCUUGACAGUACUGACGGUGAUGGCGACUACGAUCCCCGGGGCAUGUUACGCACUUUCAAGGCAGAGAUUCAAAAUGACUUCCAGGCGGAACGGUCUCGAAUAACACCGCAACAUUCCGGGAGCGGUCACGCAAAGCAGCUGCAAUCGCAGUAUUUGGAGUUCGCGCAAAGGGAAGCGGGGCAAGCAAGCGCUGUACAAACUGCAGGCGAUAGUGCUGAUAUUGAACCGUCCAUUAGGCCGUUGGAGACAGCGGAGCUUGCACCGCGAGAGUUGUUGGUUAUAAAUUUCGAUUGUGUUAAACGGAGAGCUUCAAUCGACCGUUUGGUGGCCGUCUAUGCUCUUCUGAUGGAUCUGAACCUGGUACCAAAUCUACUGAACGAGCUGGCAUAUCUUAUCAAUUUGGUGAGCGCAGAACGCUACAUCGUGCCGACGCUGACCGAGAGUGGCGAAAGUAGCGAUGAGUUUCUAACCAGCAUCCUACGAAACCCUCACAAUUGCGUUUACUUUGCAACGGAGGUACUACAGCAGCAACGGAAGCUGCUGGCGUUGCUCGACUGCACCACGUUGCGGGUUGUGGUAGAGAAUGAGCAGCUCAGCGUGCUUCAACCCGCACUGAACGGCUUCCUGCAGGAGGUGUUGGCACAAAAAAUGAAACUCGAAACCACACCGACCGUCGGUGCCGGUGGUCCAAACAGUGAGCUGUUGGUCAACAGCAGCAUAACGAACGUGUUCUACCAGCAGGAAAACGAUACGAAGGAUCACUUCCCUUCACUAAAGGAAUUUGGCGCGUUUAACAAGCAACGCGAUUCCUUCUACACCAUUUUGAGGAUAUGGGAGACCGAGCAUCUCAAUCCGGCCUGGGAAUUCGAGGCGAAGCUUGGGUCGAAGGUCCGCUCUAUGAUGGAGAUCUUGCAGCAUCCCAUCAAUAUGGCUCAUCUGGCCAGGCUGUUCUGUGCCCAACUUAUAAUAUCAUGCAACUUCGACAAUUCUGCGAGCGAACUGCAGAUGGCAUUGCCAAGCAUUGACCUGACGAAACUGUCCAAGCUACGGCAGCGCCUUGUGGCACCGAGUCUUUUUUCUACGCAAUACCUUUUCCCGGGAAGCCAGGCAUUUUUUCGUGAUUUCGUGUUGGCAAGCGAAAACCAUCAGAUCUUUAUCGAGCAGCUAAAGGUGGUCCUGAUACAUGAGCUGCUCCAGAUGAACGGCUCAACUUACGAAAUAUUCAACGUUGCCAUCCCGGAAAACCAGGGGCGGUGCGAGUAUGUGGUGCGCCCAGAAACAAUGUCCACGAUGCGAGUGUUGGCAAAAUUUGUUGGAUUCAUUAUAGCGCGGCCAUUCCAGUACGAGGGCUAUCGUAGCAUUCUAGUGGAUAAUCGGCAAAUUGCGCUACGUAACACGCUGCUGCCUCCGUUCGAUGUGAAGUUGGUUCUUUUACGAUCCGUAGUGGAGAAGAAACUCGUUAUCACAAUUCCUUGGAUAGCGCAGUAUCUCAGCAUGCUGGAUGCAGUAACGCUUCGGUUACGGUACUACGAAGAACUUUUUCGGUUGCUGCACCAAGUGUACCAGACAACGGCAACGUGCGAGCUACUGUCACAUCGACCAAUGUUUAUCAUUCCCACGUCAAAAUUUAUCGUGCGCGCCUGUCUGGAUUGGUUGUUCGAUCAACCGAACGUGCCAGAAGAGUACUACAGCUCACACACCGAUUACGAGAUAAGUGGUGAUGGAAAACUGCCGACUACGAACAUAGAACAGUUAGCAUUGGAGGAGAUCGGUGGCAUUAGUGGUUUGAUGAAAAGGAAUGAAAUAGUCUCAGAUCAAAAAACCAGUGCCAGCGCACCAUUUGUGACCAGUUCGAAAAAGAAAACGACUGACAUACCUUUCGCCUUUAAUCCUCUGUUGGAAAGCGUACUGAGCGCUGCCUGCCCGUUUCUAGCCGAUUUCCGUGUGGCCGUUAUGCCCUCGAAAGUGGAAAAAACGUUAUCCCGAACGGGCCGCUACCGUCACAUCACGACACGAUACUCCGGCUCUGUUACGAAACCGACUGGGGCAGAUCUGGACGCAUCGUUCGCACUCGAACCAGCCACAGAUAUCCCAUCCACGGCCGGCGCGAACCACCAGACCAGUCAGAAGCCAUCACACAUGGACAUUCAGCAUCGGCUAACGGAAGCGUUUCUACAAUCGCAAAGCCUUUCGGUGCGCCGAACGGUUGAGUUCAUUAUCGAACGGGCUACCUCUGCCGUAAUCAAGGAUUUCCAAAUGCUGUACCUGUUACCGGAGAAGAAAACAGUCACUGAUCGGAUCGGUGCUGUUGAAGUUACUACCUUACGUGAAACUAUGACCCGAAUCCGUACCGUCUGCGACGAUGCUCUUAAAGGCAUUAAUGACACCUGGGAGAGUCACGUGCCACCAAUGCUCAGCAAGCGAAUCACGGAUGCUUUUGAUGGAUUGCUCCCAGUGGAAACGAUCGAAGCUGUGCAAAACACGUGUAAGAGCAUUGCUCUCGACCGAUGUAUCCAAAAAACCAACGAAUGGCGCCAGUCGUACAUGUCAGACACAGACUUGUUUUGUAAAAAUAUAGAAGGUGAAGCUAGCACAUUGAUUACAGUCAAGCAGCGCUCCAAUGCUCAAAAAUACCAACCAAAUAUUCAACCAUCGGAACCAUUGUCCAACGUGAACAUAGUCCUUCAUCUAUCGUCUGAUUGCGCCGUAAUGCCUGCAGUACUUUACAACACGUUGCAAGUGUUAUUGCAUGAUGCCGCCAGAGCGCCGGACCGUAUUACAGUGGACAAUUUAUCUGAAUUUUUGCAACAAACUCAAAUCUUCCUCGAUGAUCCGGCACUCAUCAUUACAAGCACGAUGAACCGCAUGUUAGCGUACAUGCUAUUGCAGCUAUUCCUGUUGUUAAUAAAAUCGCGCUGUGAUUUGAUCGUACCUGACAUAGUAGAAUCUGCUGUGAAGAUCUGGAAGCACAAAAAGCUAGAGCCACACUGCCAGCCUCCGGUGACCGAAGGUGAAGGCUCGCCUACAUUGCGUUUGUCACCAUCAAAAGAUCGUUCAUACAAUGAUGAACAAUAUACGCGCAAACCAAGGCAGCAAGAGUCGAAGUACAUAUUUUCACACUUGAUAACCAAGCGAUUCGUGCGAAUGAUGGAGGAAAAUCCUGCACCCAACAUGCAUUACGAUACAUACGCCAAGUUUAUCAUUGUCCUGGUAGAGGCUGAAUUGAUAACUAUUAGUUUGCUCAAUGAACAAAUUAUUUCAAUUUUCCGCGAAGAUUGGCCACAGGAUACACUAGAUCGUAUUUCGACGGUUAUUAAUAGAGUACUGAAUAACAGCACCAAGGCAAAAUCUGGUCGUUCCCAGCACAAUGUGGAUGAUUCGCAGUCGGAAAUGUUCAUGGAGAUGCUCUCUGAUCUUGCUCGAGAUAUUGAAGAAUUUUGAUAUUCAAAAAUUUACUCGACGCGUUGUCUACAUUUUCCUCACAAGACUCAGGCCCGGCAUUCACAGCGAGAUCGUGUGCAUAGCCAUCGAUGGACCACGCCGUUUGCAUUUCAAUAUUAUGACACACUCUUACUAUCUUUAAGUGAUAUUUCGAAUAAAUGCGUUUUA